AUGCCCUGCAGUAUUGAUCAUUGCCACAAGGGGACGUGCGACGCUAGGCCUCAGUCAGUGUGAUUGUCGUUGGUUCAAGUUCCACGCGAACUUUCUCUCGAACCAGAAACACGAGUUGAGCCUGCGCCGAAAAUAAACGCCUGUCAAUUAAAUCAGGUCCACUAAAUUUUAUUUUGAAAAUAAAAACCGGAUGCUGUCCUUGUGUGCAUCACAAGCAAGGUAACUGUACUACUUUCUCGCUGCUGUCGAGUUCGGUCCCUGAGGUUGUGGUUCGUAGCAGUGUGUCGGUUGUCUCCCCCCGCGGCCAGACCGACGUCCAGGGACCCCCUCCAGCCUCUCGGGAACCUUGCAAACGUCCAAAAAGCCUGCAGCAAGCAAUGUGGCCGCGUGCGUUUGGAGGCUGAAGACGAACGGGGGGUUCAUCAUUGGCGGACACCCCCGGUACCCACCAGCCCGCACAACCGUGUGUCUUAAACAGGGGGUCUGGCUUUUGUGCGAGACGAGGACGGAUCCCAGUGACAAUGGACCCUUUGCAAAAUGGGACUGAGUCCGAGGAAGACUGUCAGGGUGCUGAGGAGGAAGAGGAGAUGGACCCAAGAAUCCAGGGAGAGCUGGAGAAGUUGAACCAGUCCACAGAUGACAUCAACCGCUGGGAGAGUGAGCUGGAGGAAUUCCGCCAGCGGUUCCGUGCAGUGCUCGUGGAGGCCACCGUCAAGCUGGACGAGCAGGUGAAAAAGAUUGGGCGGGCCGUGGAUGACUCCAAGCCUUACUGGGAGGCCCGCAAAGUGGCUAGACAGGCCCAGGUUGAAGCCCAGAAGGCCACGCAGGAGUUCCAGCGGGCGGUGGAGAUCCUGCGGGCCGCCAAGGAGACCAUCGCCCUGGCCGAGGAGAGGCUGCUGGAGGAGGACAGCCGCCAGUUCGACUCGGCCUGGCAGGAAAUGCUCAACCACGCCACGCAGAGGGUGAUGGAGGCGGAGCAGGCCCGAGUGCGCAGCGAGGCCGAGCACAAGAAGACGGCGGCCAACUACACGUCCUGCAUCGGCCACAUGAAGCAACUGGAAAAGAAGCUCAAACGCUCCAUCAACAAAUCAAAGCCGUAUUUUGAGCUGAAGGCAAAGUAUUAUCUCCAGCUUGAGCAACUGAAGCGGCAGGUGGACGAGCGCCAGGCCAAGCUGGUGGCGGCGAAGGCCGAGUACCGCGCCACGCUCCGCCGCCUGGAGAGGAUCUCUGAGGAGAUCCACGCUCAGCGCCGCUCGGUCGGAGCCCGGGGGCGGGGCGUCGGGGCCGAACUCGACGGCGGCGGCGACGGAGAGGACGUCGCGGCUUUCGCUAUGGAUUGCGACGGGCUGUCGAUGGUGUCGGUGUCCAUGGACGACGACUCGGAGGAAGACGCUCGAUCCGCCUCAUCCACUCCAACGACCUCAGUGACCCUCGACACGGCCUCGCCGCAAUUGCCGACCUCCCUGCGCCACACGCCCCCCUCGCCAUCCUCCUCUUGCUCCUCCUCCCCCGGUGACCCGGAGGUGGCCAGCCCGUGCAGCUCUCGCGGCUCGGACUCGGUUUGCGGUUCCGGGCGUGGCUCGCCUUUGCUGGGCCCUCGGAGCCAAUGCAGUGGAGCCUCGUCACCGGACUGUGACCAGGAGAGAGGUGACCGAGCAGAAGGUGCCGAGGCCACGCUGGAAGGCGGCCUGAGCGGGCUGAACUUGACCAUUGCGCAAACGCAACCGAACGACAACGACGCACCGGAGGAUGAAAAAGCGACAGAAUGCGCAAGCAACGAACUCCCAUCAACGUCCAACAUUCUCCUACUCAACGCCGCCUAACGGUGACGAACGGCGACAUCCGUGAAGGUGCCAUAAACAUCAGUGUAGCAAUGUGAAUCCAUGGUGAAUGAACAUUUGCACAAAAGUUGCUCAUCAAAAGACUUCAUCUCCCAUAAUUCUCUUCACAUCGAGAGUUCUUACUAUUCUUGUGUGCCAUCAAGUGUCUUUGUGGUGUACUGCAAUUUGAUCGUCUCAAAGACUGCAAAAUAUGACGCAAAUAGUCUCGAAAUGAGUUCACAGAUAAAACCAAAAAAAGGUGAGCGUGAAUGUUUUUUUUUUAAAUUGUGUGUGGAUUUUUUUAAUGCUUAAAUAGGCCCGAUUCUGUUGAAUCGAAGUGAAAUAGCUCCCAGUAGUAUAGAUUGUCCUAUAUUUAUACUGCUCUAUUCUUGUAUUUGAACAUUAUUUAGUGUUGUUCAUGUUUAACAAAAAAAAAAAAAAAAAAAAACACGCAGUAAAUGAGUACUUUACGCAACAUCGUUUUCAAUCUACACGCGGUUUCAGUGUUGUGU